AUGAACCCAUUAGCCGUAACUCUUCUUGCCGCCCUCAUCGGCACUGCUUCUUCUGCUUCUUGCGGAUCUUCUGGAAUCCCAUUCCGUUUCGAGGUUCUUCCUUCCGGAAAGCCAGUGCUCGGAUGCGGUUCCCCAACUUGCUUUGGAGCUGAAAAUGGAGGAAGAGAUCUGAGACACGAUUCCAGUUUCAUGGUGAGUAAUGAGUGGUUGCACUUUUCUCAUUUUGAUCAUAAACCCCAUCACCGCUCAAUUUCUCCAUCAUAAAUCUUCCGCAAACCUGUCCGCUAACAUUUGCGAUAAAGUGCGGGUUCCCCCUGAACUGAUAAGCUACCCGAACCGGUUCUCCGUUUGCAGGCCGGUCCAGAAGGCGACGACGGCUUCUUCCGCGAGGGAGAUAUCGCACGUGUCCGAGUCCGCAAUCCGGAUGCUCCUGCUCAAAUGGCCAACUGUCCUCGCGAGUUCUCUUCCUCCAGCUGCGUCAAUCCAAUGACCUGGGUCGGAGGAUUCCAGGCCAGCGAGGAUGGAGAGUGAGUGCAUCGAAAAGCUGUUCCUACGCCAAAACUCAAAGCGUUUCAGCCUUUCUCUCCAAUGCUGCCACUACGAAGGACUCCGUUUCUCACAGGAGGUCGGACGUCCAGUUGUUCAUCCAGGAGAAGUAUAUUCCGGAGGAGAAGUGCUUCGUGACGGACGUCAGACAGGAUUCGACGCCAUUUCCAACGUCAGAAAGAUCACUGCUGGAGACGGAACGUGAGUUUGCGUUCAGUGAGAGUCAGGUUGUCAACAUCUUCUGCUCUUUUCAGUGUCGCCUACGAACUCACUGUCACCCGAAUGAACUGUCUUCCAAACCCAUCCGAAGAAGGCAACGAAGUAUCGUUCGACAUUCAGAGGGACAUCGGAAGAAUCCUCGAGAAGGUCGGAGAGACUGCCGCCAGCGGAGUUCAAACCAAUGAAAUCGAGGCCGAUCAGCGUCUUUCCCCAUCUGCCGACGCCCCACCGUCUGAUUCCUACGUGGCUCCUCAGGCCGAUGAUUCUGAAACCCCAGUCGAGCAAUUCGUCCAGGUCGGAGAGCAGGUCGUCCCAGUCACUUCUGCCGGAUACUAUUAUCCAGUCGCUUCCGGAGUCCCAGCUUGCUUCACUGGAGACGCCAAGGUUCAGACCCCAGAAGGAGAAAGGCCAUGCGCGACGUGCACAUCGGAGAUAUGAUUCUCACAUACGAAUUCGGAAAGAUGACCUACACGAGAGUCUCCUCUUGGAUGCACAGACUCCCAGAGACGAAGGCCGCUUUCGUCAAGCUCACGACUGAGCAGGGAGCCGUCGUUUCCAUGACUCCACAGCACUUCAUCUACAAGGCCGAUUGCGUGACUGAGGAGAUGACUCUCGUGUACGCCGAGGAUAUGCACAAGGGAGAUUGUGUGAUGGUCAAGGAGAACGAUGAGAGUAAGCAGAGCAGAAAACAGUUCGAAUAAGUUGACUUCUUAUUCCAGACCUCGUCAUGACUCUUAUCACCGACAAGUCCACUUUCUACGAGACCGGAGUGUACGCCCCAAUGACCGAGAACGGAGACUUGAUCGUCGACAACGUGUACGCUUCCUGCCACAACGUCAUCAAGACAAACACCCUGACUCACACUUUCCUCAACUUCGCCACUUCGAUGCAACAGAAGGUCCGAUCGUUCCUCGGAUCGCUGGAGGAGACCGGCCACCUUCCGGCGACCUCCGAGUUCUUCCUGAACAUCAUCGACGUGUUGCUGCCUCACAAGUACUAG